GGGCCCACUACAACUCGCGCGAUUUUUGGUUCAUUAGAUCAAAACCCGUGGAGAAUGUAAAUAUCGUAGGCUUAGGCCUAGUGGUUUAAAUAGAAAUUGUGUGAUUUUGCAAAUGAAAUUCCUCCAAGUGCUAUGUCAGCCUUACACAAAAAUACACUGUUGAAGAAUACAAGUAGCUUACCAUCUAAACAUAUGCUUCCACCUUCUGCCAUUAAUAGGAGUUCGGGAAGCUCCACUUCCAAUAGGACACCACAGUCAAGGAAGCGAGAUUUCACCCCGUUACCAUGGAGCAGUUAUUUCACAUCUUAUCAAGAUGUGAAGAUUGACAAAGAAAAUAUUUUCAGGGUUUAUGAGAAGGGAGAGGCUGGUCCAGUUGUUGUAUUACUACAUGGAGGCGGUUUCUCAGGCCUAACUUGGGCUGUUAUGAGUUCUGUACUCAUACAACAAGUCAAAUGCAGGGUCAUUGCCAUGGAUAUGAGAGGUCAUGGAGAGACCAAGACUUUGGAUGAAUCUGAUAUGUCUGCUGAAACUUUAGCAAGUGAUGUUGGCAAAGUCAUUGAAACUGUAUUUCAAGAUAAAGAAGCUCCACCAAUCAUAUUAGUCGGUCACAGUAUGGGUGGAGCUAUAGCAGUUCAUGCAGCCAAUAAGAAUGUAGUUCCGAACCUUCGUUCCUUGGUAGUUAUUGAUGUUGUAGAAGGAUCUGCAUUAGAAGCUUUACACAGUAUGCAAAGUUUUCUGAGAGGGCGCCCUUCAAAGUUUAAGUCAUUGCAAUAUGCUAUCGAAUAUAUGGUUAAAAGUGGACAAAUCAGAAAUAUUGAAUCAGCUAGAGUUUCUACACCAGGUCACCUGAUUAAAUGUCAAGAUGACAAAAUUAAGGAAGAUUUGUUACAACAAUGUUCAGGAUUAAAUGAUGCAAUAAAAGAAGAAGAUGAAGAGGAAGUAGAUGGUAAUGAUGUAAAAAGAAUGAAGAAAGAAGAAAGCGGCAUGAAAGAAGAGUGUAGCGAGAAAAAAUCCCAAGACUCAGUGUACACAUGGAGAGUAAACUUAGCAAAUACAGAGCAGUAUUGGAGAGGAUGGUUUGAAGGUUUAUCUGAGUUGUUUCUUUCUUGUCCAGUGCCAAAAUUAUUGUUAUUAGCAGGAGUGGACCGUCUUGAUCGUGCUCUAACAGUUGGUCAGAUGCAGGGUAAAUUCCAGAUGCUUAUCCUACCUCAGUGUGGCCAUGCUGUCCACGAGGACCAACCACAAAAGGUUGCAGAUGCUUUGUGCACUUUUCUGACAAGACACAAGAUGGCAGAAGCACUGUCUGGGUUUGAGAGGCCAUCGCCAUGUUGUUAGGCCUGAGGAACCUGACCCUCUAGCUCAGCUGUAGAUGGAUCACCUCAGUAGGAAGAAAAUUCAACAAUAAUCUACUAAUUUCAAUGUGGAUUUAUGAAAAUGAUUUAGAGAUACCAUUUGACGAGUUAUUUCCCGUCAACUUUAGAUUUAACCAAUCAAAAUAUAUGUUACAUUUCUAUGUUGUUUUUAUUUAUUAUAUUUAAUUUUUAGUGCAUGAUCAUUUUCUGUCAUGCUGUAACUGAUUGGUUUUAAAUUUUUUAAAUCAUUUAUGUGGGAGAGUACAUUCUUUUAUUCAAUAAAGGUUUGUUCUCCACUGUAUGUACACUCGUUUGAUUUGGCAUUUAUAUACUCAGCAAAUUUUUCAUUUAUUUGUUCAGACUAUCAAAA